GAUAAGGGGCCUCCCGGAGCCGCACCGCAAUCCUCCAGAGCUACCGCCCAGCUGGUACUGCUGGGAACCGGUGCGAACUUGCGCCAGUAGCUAGAGCGCUGGCUCUCUCGGUCGGGUCGCCGCCUCUCUGCCUAAUGAGCUGCACCAGAAUGAUCCAGGUUUUAGAUCCACGGCCUUUGACAAGUUCGGUCAUGCCGGUGGAUGUGGCCAUGAGACUCUGCUUGGCUCAUUCUCCACCUCUGAAGAGUUUCCUGGGCCCUUAUGAUGACCUCCAACGAAGAAAUUUUGUCAACAAAUUAAAGCCUCUGAAACCGUGUCUCAAUAUAAAACAGGAAGCCAAAUCACAGAAUGACUGGGAGAGUUCACACAACCACGCCAAGAAACGGGUUGUGUUUGCAGAUUCCAAGGGCCUCUCCCUCACUGCCAUCCAUGUCUUCUCCGACCUCCCAGAAGAACCAGCGUGGGACCUCCAGUUUGAGCUCCUGGACCUCAAUGACCUGUCCUCUGGCUUAAAACUCCAUGAGGAGAAAAACCUGAUUUUAGACUUCCCUCAGCCUUCAACUGAUUACUUAAGUUUUCGGAGCCACUUUCAGAAGAACUUUGUCUGUCUGGAGAACUGCUCUCUUCAAGAGCGAACAGUGACUGGGACUGUGAAGGUAAAAAAUGUCAGCUUUGAGAAGAAGGUUCAGAUCCGUAUUACUUUUGAUACUUGGAAAAACUACACCAAUGUGGACUGUGUCUACAUGAAAAAUGUGUAUGGUGGCUCAGAUAGUGACACCUUCUCGUUUGCCAUUGACUUACCCUCUGUCAUUCCAACUGAGGAAAAAAUUGAGUUUUGCAUUUCUUACCAUGCUAAUGGGCAGGUCUUCUGGGACAACAAUGAGGGUCAGAAUUAUAGAAUUGUUCACGUGCAAUGGAAACCUGAUGGUGUUCAGACGCAGACAGCAUCCAAGAACUGUGCAUUCCAAGGGGUGCCCCCCAAGACUGAGUUGGAGUCAACAAUCUUUGGCAGUCCGAGGCUGGCCAGCGGGCUCUUCCCAGAAUGGCAGAGCUGGGGGAGAAUGGAGAACUUGGCCUCUUAUCGAUGAAUUAAGCAACCUAGGAAAUGGUCUUGACCUGUCAUAUUCCCAUGUAAUUCUAAGUCUAUAAUGCUCAACAUUAGGAAGUCUUAGCUACUUUCCUUCACUAGGCUUAGGUUUGAGCUUGUGAGACCUGGCUUCAAAAAAAUAGCCACUUGAGAAUUCAGUGUUGGGGUAUAUAUGGAUGACGCUGUGCAGUUUUGCUGUGAAGGUUCAAGUAACAGUCUGGAACUCCAUUUUUGUAAAAGUAAUACUUUUUCAAUGCCAUCUCUCCUUCUAAAUUAACUUGCUUUUAUGCUGGGCAUGGAGAGGUUGGAGAAGGACAGUUGAUGGUGAGGGAAAGCUGUGUUAAUGGUAUGAGGAAUGUCUGAAAAGUGUUCCCGAAAGGCUUUGGAACUCAAGUCCAAGUAGAAGUGGGAGGUCCGAUACUUAACUGCUGGUGAGAAGGGUAAGGUUAUUUUGUUUUUAGGUUGGUUCUACAGUUCUCUCUGGGGGAAGUAAUUUGUAGAGGGAAGAAAAAGAUUCAUCCCGCGUGUUCUUGUGGAGAAAAAGGAAACAAACUUCAGGGAUGGCGGGUGGUGUUGAGGAAAGGUGAAUUAUAACUCUGGAGGAUUAAGAUUUUAAGUGAAGCCUUUCUGUUCAGACAUGAUUUAUCAAAAAGUACGAUUUGGGGAAAGUUUAAGCACAUCUGGCUUUGCAGUCUAAGUGAGCUUGUUUGUGAUUAAGGCAUCACGCUCGCAUUCUCAGUAUAGAAUGCUGCUUAACCAAAAAAACCAUGCCAUCACCAAUGGCUAACAACUUGUAGAGACCCUGUCAUGUCAAAGAUAGCUCUUUGCCAGUGCCUUGAUUAAACCAGAAUACUAUAGCUGCUUAACCCAAAUAUCUGCAGGGUCAUCUGGUAACUCACGAUUGUUUGGCCUCAUGAGGAGGUCCACUCUGUAUACUGGCAUUCCUCCUGCAAUACUGUUGUUUGAGAGUGUUGUUGGUGUAUACAACUCACACCCUUCAUAUUGAAGGCGACUUAGUUUUCCACCACACUUUUUCGAUGUGAUGUUGGAAGUGAGGACUGACACUGAUUCUCCAUUCAAGAAUCCAGUACCUUGCAUAUAAAAGUAGCAGUCAAUUUCUUGCCUAUAUUCAUCUUGAUAUUUGAAGUCUUUUUACCAAUUUCUUUGAAGUCAAAGUGUUUUUUUAAAAAUGGGUAUGAAUUAUUUUGGAUGUUUUAUAAUAUAUUUGUUUAUAUAUGGCAUAUAUAUAUAUGUAUAUAAAGGUGUGCAUAAAUCCAUUCUGUAAGAUCAAGGACAGUAGCCCCUGAAUGUUCGCUUAUGUCAUUGUGCGUGUCCAUUGUGAGGUGUUCAGAGAAUGCAGGUAGUUUUAGCACGUGUGGUCUGCCAUGCUUGAACAACUGCUAUUGGAAUAACUCUGCUGUGACGGUAUUUGAAGUUUGGUUAGCACUCACAUUUUUUCUACUCUAAAUAUUUCACUCUCCUAUAGCUAUCUUUAGUGAACUUAUCACUUUAAGAAUAAAAGUGUUUGAUAUAA